AUCAUAAAAACAUUACAAAAUUAUGUAGUGUGAAAAUAUUUUCUACUAUAAAGAUCCAGAUUAGUCUAGCAAAACAGGUAUGGCUGAUGAACAAGUGAAUGAGGCGAAGCUAUCAAAUUCCCAGUCUCCAAGAGAGCCCAGCAUCAGAUCACGGAAUGAUUUCGAACCAUUUAGACCUGUCAUGCCUAUUGAAAAAGUUCAGUCGCCUAAAGUUCAAUCACCUACAACCAGUACUCUUCGUACAUCACCAGUCGUCACUACACCUGCAUCGUCCGUUAAAGGUUCUGUUCAAUUGUCGCUUAAAAGUCAAAAAAGUAUCAAAAAUGAAUCAUUGGAAGCAACUCAAGUAGGGAAUAAAAGUUUGAAAAGUUUAAGCCUUGGGAAGGAUUUGAAUGACAACAGAGAAGUGAAUGUGGUAGGGAAAGAGGACUUUCUAUCAAGUCCUAAAGUUUGGAAUAACAAUAAUAAUGAAAUAAAAAAAAUGCAGGCUGAACUUACGGAUAAUACAGAACACUUAAACAAUACACCCGUUUACAGUAAUAUAAAUAAAAUAUCAGACAUGAGUAAAAUACUAAAAGAUGAAGCCAAUGCCCUGCGGGAAUCGAUUAAAAGCUUGUCUGAAGGUAUUGUUCGUACAAAACAAGAAUUAAAGGGUCAAAAAGAAGAUAUAAAUUUUCCAUAUCAUCUCUUUUUAAUUGAAAUCAUAAUCAACAAAAUUAAUAUGAAAUGCGAAUGCUUUGAGUUAGACUACAACAACUUGGUUAUUGCAGCAACAUUUUUGGGAAAACCACCGAUAACACUGUAUGAUUCGUCGUAUGGUAAAAUUGACGAUUUUUCCGAUCUGAACGUUGGAAAAUCAGCCUUAUUUGCAAUGACAUAUGAUAAGAUAUGCAGCAUUACAGAUUUCAUCGUGAAUUUAUCACUAACUAAACAACCACCUUGUUCGAAUUGUGUUUCGAAAAUUGCCGAAACGAAAAUAGACUAUACGAAAGAGUUCAAAGAGUUACGAGACGAACUCUGCCAGAAGUGGACGAAGGAGCAACCAAACGACAAUAUAAUAUGCACAACGUCGACUCCACUAAACAGAAAUAUGUAUUAUCUGUCUUGUGGCGACAGCGGCCACAGUGAUUCUAUAGGUAUUAUUGAGUUAGCAACUCGAAUGUCAUUUCUCGGCAAAGAAAUCACUACAGCGUUUUGCGCUACCUCAAAACAAAAAUGUACCUCAGUUCUGAUGAAAGAGGAUAAUGGUAUGUCAAUGUAUUCGUGUCAAAAUGUUGAAAUGGACGGACAGGGUAAAAUCUUAUUAGAUGAAAAUACUCUGACGAGGAAGGAAGCACCGAAAAGCAGUCAUACGAUGUCAGCGAGAGGGUAUGAAAGUCCACUAUCUCAAUUUUCAAGCAGACAAGGGUCUACUAAACAAUAUUUAAACAAGAAUGACUAUAUUCGCAGGUAUCAACAAGAUGAUUUGGCAAAAUAUGAUGAAAUAUUUACAAAAAUGAAUACAAACGAGUUAAAAAUCCGAGUCCCGAAAACAACGAAAAUAGAGAGGACGGGCAAAUAUGAUAAAAUACAAGAGCUGUGUUCCUGCGAAGACAAUCCUUACAAUACCGGUGAUCAAAUACAGUUCGGCUUACCCAGAGAGUUGAGCUAUCCAGACAAGAGUUCAAACACCUAUUCAACGAAUUUGAAAUACACGUAUAAAGGCUAUGACAACAGGGACAGAAAAAUAAUAAACGUCACCCCCUCUAACUGCCCCGUCCCAAUUAACAUGGAAAAGAUGGUGCACCCGCAAAAAGACGUGUUCAUUUUAAAAAUAGGCAAGAAACUAGAAACUCGGGAUAAGAAAACUGAUCUCGAAAUAGAACUCGUUACUCCAAAGGCUCCAUGCGAUAAACGAUUAGUCGAUAACAGUCACAUCGCUCAGCAAUGUAGUUCCAAUACAUUGAGAGACAAACCAUCUAAAUCAGAUAAGAAAAAGGAUAGAAAGAAAGAGAAGAAAAAUAAAUCUAACUUAACAAGUAAAAAAGGCAAAGCCAAAAGUGCUGCGAAAUCAAGAAAGAAUAAAAAAUAGAAAAAACUCUUUAUAAAAAAAUAAAAUAUUC